AAGAAAGAGCGCGCGUGUGAUGUGUUUGUGUAUCCUCAGUGUUUUUCUCUCUUGCGUGUUUCUUUUAAACGGAGUCUUGUCUCUGUGUAUUACUAUUUUAUUGUUGAGAGGAUACAGGACACUACAGUGUGUGACAGUAAACAGAGCUUACAGGAGGAUCAAACCUCCACAGAGUCUCUGGAUUCUGUCUGUAACGCUGGAGAACAGCAGCAGACCAAACUGAAGAUGUGUUCAGUUAAACUCAUCGACUGCACGAACCUCAUGAUGAAGAUUAAAACGGAACCCACAGAAAUCAAAACGGAACACACAGAAAUCAAAACGGAACCCACAGAAAUCAAAACUGAACCCACAGAAAUCAAAACUGAACCCACAGAAAUCAAAACUGAACACACAGAAGAGGAAGAUCGUACUGAUGAAGACGAUUUUGAUUUUAUUCCAUCAGGUGUGAAGAGUGAUUCAUGUUUGGAUAUAGAAAUAACGUCCUCAACAUCAAAAGAGCGACUGACAGCACAAACUCUUUCCUGCAUCACCUGUGGAAAGACAUUCAGCUCACAGAGACAUUUAGAGAGACAUGAGAGAAAACACACAGAACAGAAACUCUUCAACAGAUCUGAGAUCAGCUUUACUACCUUACAAGAGAAGAAACUUCAUUCAGAAGACCACAGAGAGAAGAAGAAGAAGCAGUUUCACUGUGAGCAGUGUGGGAGGAUUUGUGUCUCUUCCUAUAAACUAAAUGUUCACAUGAGGAUACACAGUGAUGAAAAGCCUUUCAACUGCACUGAAUGUGGAAAAUACUUCAGAACCAAACAAAAUCUUAAAAUUCAUCAGAGACUUCACACUGAAGAGAAACCUCAUCACUGUAAUGUCUGUGGGAAGAGUUUUAGUCAACAGUCAAACUUACUUUAUCACAAGAGAAUUCAUACAAGAGAAAAACCUUUCAAAUGUUCUCAGUGUGACAAGACGUUUGCUUGUUCAAGUAACUUAAAAUACCAUCAGAGAGUUCAUACUGGAGAGAAACCUUAUCACUGUAGUGUCUGUGGGAAGAGUUUUAGUCAACAUACUUCAUUACUAAAUCACACGAGACUUCAUACAGGUGAAAAACCUUUCCAAUGCUCUCAGUGUGACAAGACGUUUGCUCAGUCAGCUUCCUUAAAAAAACAUCAGAGAGUUCAUACUGGAGAGAAACCUUAUCACUGUAGUGUCUGUGGGAAAAGUUUUGUUUCACAGACAAACUUAUCUAAGCACAAGAGAGUUCAUACAGGUGAAAAACCUUUUAAAUGCUCUCAGUGUGACAUGACAUUUACUUGUUCAAGUAACUUAAUAGUUCAUCAGAGAGUUCACACUGGAGAGAAACCUUAUCACUGUAGUCUCUGUGGGAAGAGUUUCUCUGAUUCAACUUAUUUAAGAGUUCAUCAGAGACUUCACACUGGAGAGAAACCUUAUCACUGUAGUGUCUGUGGGAAGAGUUUUAGUGUAAGUGAUACCUUACUAAAGCACCAGAGAGUUCAUACAGGGGAAAAACCUUACAAAUGCUCUCAGUGUGACAAGAUGUUUGCUUAUUCAUGUAACUUAAAAGCCCAUCAGAGAGUUCAUACAAGAGAGAAACCUUAACACUGCAAUGUUUUUGGGAAGAGUUUAUUGACAGUCAGUCAGGUUAUGACAAAAAUCUUGUAUUAAGUCUAAAAUAUUGUUAAAAACAUGUUAAUAGUAAAAUAAGAGUAAAUAAUCAAAUAUGAGCAAUAUUGCAGAUACCCACUUUCAUGUUGUUACAAACCUGUAUAAAUUUCUUUGUUCUGAUGAGGGAAGAUAUUUUAUUGGAGGAGACCAGAAAGAGAAAAGGGGAGAGUGACAGAAUAAAAAGAAGGACAAGGAUCAAUUAUAUUGGGCCAGCGUUCGAGGAGGGGUUUCUUUCCGAUGCUUUUGUACUAGUAAGUAAUGUUAUAAUGCUUGCAUAUUGUUUAAAUGAUGGUCUCAUUCAAAGCUUUGGAAUAACAAUCUUUACUUAUAAAACUGCAUCAGCAUCACACGAGGUACGUGUGAGUUAUUCCACCACACAGUUCCGUAUACGUCAGGGCGUACUCUGACGUCACUAAUGCGGAUACGCUAUAGAGAUACAAAUCACAUUAUUAACUCUUUCACCGCC